UGGGCUGCGGUGCGCGGCAAGACGAUGGCGGCCGGUGGCAGUGAUCCGCGGGCUGGCGACGUAGAGGAGGACGCCUCACAGCUCAUCUUUCCCAAAGAGUUUGAAACAGCUGAGACACUUCUAAAUUCAGAAGUUCAUAUGCUUCUGGAGCAUCGAAAGCAACAAAAUGAGAGUGCAGAGGACGAACAGGAACUUUCUGAGGUCUUCAUGAAAACUUUAAACUACACAGCCCGUUUCAGUCGUUUCAAAAACAGAGAGACCAUUGCCAGUGUACGUAGCUUGCUGCUCCAGAAGAAGCUUCAUAAGUUUGAGUUGGCCUGUUUAGCCAACCUUUGUCCAGAGACUGCUGAGGAGUCCAAGGCUCUGAUCCCAAGCCUGGAGGGCCGGUUUGAAGAUGAGGAGCUACAGCAGAUUCUUGAUGACAUCCAGACCAAGCGCAGCUUUCAGUAUUGAUCUCCAGAUAUCACUGCUGCUGGGGGAACCACAUCACAUCCCCAGCACAGCACCACUGGCCCAGGAUCCAGGGCUGACUUGCACAGAAAAUCUAUUGCAGAAGACACUUGGGCUUCCUUUGGAUAGAACAACCCAGUGCUUGGUCUUGCUUUAGGUUGCUGUUUCAGGCUCGACUGUUGGACCCUGAUGGCCAGCGUAACCUUGGAGAGGCCUUGCAGUGGCUGCCUGAGCUUGCCUCUGGGAAGGGUGAGGUGGGGUGACGUGCAUCUAAGCCACACUGCUGACGCCUCAUAUCACAGUCUUUGGCCCUUGUGUUAUUUUUGAUUCCUAAUAUUUCAUGUUUUAAUUUCAGUGUGUUCAUAGUUUUUGAAGCUAUACUAGAACAUGUAAAACUGGUAUGGGAAACAAUCUCACCUAAAUGCAAAAGGAGCAAUUAAACGAGACCUGUAUCGUUGUUUGAAAUUCUUAAAGAGAGGAUGAUAGCGCCUUGGUGUCAUUGUGCUUACCCCAGGAGACAGGGAAGAGUAGUUAGUUACACCUGAGGGUAACUGCUGAGCGCUAUGGGGCACAUAGCCUUGAGAUGGACAAGUACUGUGCCUUUCUUCUUGGAUUGCUGCACAGCAUAGAUUUGGAGUAAGUGGUCUUUAAGCACUUACUUUGUCACUCCCAAAUUCAGAUUUUUCCUUCCUGGGCCGGAUGUGAAGGAGUGAGCACUUCAUAGUGUCCUCAUAUGGGGCAUCGGGUCCAAACCUCUGGCCUCCUGCUUAGCAGCAGGUGUUCUGUGAUGGAGGAGACGUGGGAGGAGGGCACCUGCCACUUCCCGAGCCACUACGGUGGCGUCACUCCAUCUGAGGCAAGUUAAGGAGAAAACACUUAAUUACUAAACACUGCGGCUCUGAAUUUUCUGAAGGGAAAUAUGCCUGUUUUCUUCACAGUUUGGGGAUUUUUCUUUGAGGCACUUGUUGGCUCCAAGUGAAUUCAUGGUCCAGAGAAAAGGCUGGGGAAAGACCAAAGCUGGCUUUAAAAGUCAAGGUGGUUUUAUGUCAACUGCUAAGGCAAAAAUAAAAUUUCUUUAAUAAAGUC